AUGUUGACAGGGCUCUGUGUACAUCUGGAAUCCGGCAGCAUCCGGCCGGGUGGAAAUAGAACACGACUCGCCGAGCACAACAGCGCCGAAAUCUUCCCGGAAAAUUUCGCCAAACUAAGUGGUUUCGUUUUAAAUCAACCCAAGCUAAUCACAAUGUUCAACUCGAUCGCAGCAGCGACCUCAGCGGUGAAAGUGGCGGCUGGCUUGGCGACAGGCGACUCGGGCACACAAGCCGACGGAGGGGCAGGUAUCGCAAGGGAUCGUAGGGACUCAGGACGAGUCGGAAGCGCCGGCAGCGCCAGAAGAAGAACAACCUGGAGAAGGGGCUGCGGACGAACCAAUAACGGUCCCGCCAAAGAAACCGAAAAAGGUAACCGUGAAAGCAGCCACUAG